AUGAAGCGGGCCCUGCGAGCGUGGCCCACCCUGCCCCGAGCACCCCCCUUCACAGAGCUGGCCUGGCCCAGGACAGGCCUCCCCACACGUGCUGAGUCCCGACUCUCAAGGUCUCUGCGCCGCAGCCUCACACCGACUGACAAGAUGCAGGUAGAACAAAAGUUCCUCUCCCACUGCAGUGAGCCCCCCGGGGCCUUGCUGAAAUGCAGCGUCUGCUUGGGCAGGGCUGGGGUGCGUGAUUCUGCCUUUGUACUUGUGAAGAACUUCCUCAUCAUGGAAAGUUCCACUGGGUUCGGCGCCAAGGAUGCCAAACUCCGGGUCACAAGGAGUCUGGCAACCAGCCGGGGCUUGGGGUCCGAGGGCCACGGCCGCCCCAGCCGCCCCGCUCCGCCGCUGCCCACGCCGCGGCUCCCCGAAGGUGCCCGAGGCGUAGGGCACCUCCUCCCCGCGGCGGGCACCCGGCGGCUGACACCCCACCCACGCCCGCCCGCGCGCUCGGCGUCGCCGCUCGCACCCCGAGGGGUUCCCGCGACACCCCCGCCCGCCCUCCGGACAGCCGGGACUGUCGCCCCCGCACCCCCCGCCUCCGCGCCGUCCUCUCGCCGAAUUACCGGGGCGCUGGAGCCGGCCGGGUGGGGCGCCCCCGCCAGGGGAGGCAGCCUGCGGGCGCUGCCCGAGCCCGGAGCUGGAGGGCCGCUUCCCCGGCGCACUCGCCUUAUUCAUGCAAAGUUAAUCCCCGCCGCGUCACGGCCGCCCGCCCGAGGACGCGCGCCCGCCUUGGCCGAGCCCCGCAGUCUCCACCCUCCUCCGCCCCCUCCUCCCGGCGGCGGGGUCCCGGGAGCGCGUCCUGCAAAAUGUCAACUCCCCGGGCGGAGAGGGGCGGCCGGGCCGGGGCCGCGCCGCCCGCCGGGGCCGCUCCACUUUUAUAGGCGCGGGCGGCGAGCGCGGCCGGGCCGCCGAGUCCCCGCCUCUCGGGCCCGCGCGCCCGACCCGCUCCGGGCCGCUGCCCUCCUCCGGCCCCGGCGCCCGCGCCGCGUCUGCCAGCCGGUGACCUGGUUUCCCCUCCGGCCCGCCCGGGCGCUCCGACUCGCGCGGCGGCGGCCCGGAGCAGGCCGGCCCGACUCCUCCCGGGGCGCCGCGAGGAAAUGGCCUCCCGGCCGCGCGCCCCGGGCGCUCGCCGGCCCCCGACGCCCCCGCCCUCGACGCGCCCGCCGCGCCCCCCGGCCCCGUGCGCCCGGCCCGCGCCUUCCGGCUCACCGCCUCCGCACCUGCCGCCCCAGGUGCGGGCGCCCCCGGGCCCGGUCCGGGCCGUGCCCUCCACCCCGGAGUCCUCCCCCGGCGGCGAUGUCGCGGCCGUUUUGGUGGCCGCGCGUCCACCCACCCGGCUGCGUGCGCAGGGAGGUUCGGGCUUGGGCGUCAUUCCUCUAG